AGGAAUAUAAAUAGGCAGUAAGAAGAGGGCAACGGAUCGCAGAGCACAGGAUGGGUGUCUAUUUUCUUCUGUUAAUUGUAGGGUUUUGCUGGGCACAGUACAACCCUAAUACUCUCUCUGGGAGGACGUCUAUUGUACAUCUCUUUGAAUGGCGCUGGGCAGAUAUUGCUCUUGAGUGUGAACGCUAUUUGGCUCCUAAUGGAUUUGGAGGAGUUCAGAUUUCACCUCCAAAUGAAAAUGUUAUCAUUACUGACCCCUGGAAACCAUGGUGGGAAAGAUACCAGCCUGUCAGCUACAAGCUGUGCACACGAUCUGGAAAUGAAACUGAAUUUAGAGACAUGGUGACCAGGUGCAACAAUGUUGGAGUACAUAUUUAUGUGGAUGCAGUAAUAAACCAUAUGUGUGGAGCUAAUGCUGGUGCUGGUGACCAUGCUAGUUGUGGAAGCUAUUUCAAUGCGAAGACUGAAGAUUUUCCAGCUGUGCCGUAUUCUGGCUGGGACUUUAAUGAUAGUAAAUGUAAAUCUAGAAGUGGAGACAUUGAGAAUUAUCAUGAUAUAUCUCAGGUCCGAGACUGCCGCUUGGUUAGCCUUCUUGAUCUGGCCCUGGAGAAGGACUACGUACGCUCGAAAGUUGCCGAGUACCUGAACUACCUCAUUGAUAUUGGUGUGGCAGGGAGCCCGAUUGACGCUGCCAAGCAUAUGUGGCCUGGGGAUGUGAAGGCCAUUUUAGACAAGCUGAAAGAUCUAAAUACUAAAUGGUUUUCUGCAGGAACUAAACCUUUCGUUUACCAGGAGGUGAUUGACCUGGGUGGAGAGCCGAUCAAAGGCAGUGACUACUUUGGAAACGGUCGAGUGACAGAGUUCAAAUAUGGUGCAAAACUGGGGACAGUGAUCCGCAAGUGGAAUGGAGAAAAGAUGGCUUACUUAAAGAACUGGGGAGAAGGCUGGGGUUUUGUGCCUUCUGACAGAGCCCUGGUCUUUGUGGAUAAUCACGACAACCAGCGGGGGCACGGGGCCGGUGGAGCUUCCAUUCUAACCUUCUGGGACGCCAGGUAA